CUACAGAGGCUGAAGCUGCACUUUUCUCGGGGUAUUUGGCAGAGAACCUUCUCUUUGUUUUCUUUGUCUGUGUGAGCACAUGUGAAUACAUAUCUUUCAAUAGCAUGACUCAAGAAACUUGUAAUCGCAUGGAGCUGUAUGUGCGCGAGCACUCUAUGCUUAGAAUGAAUUGAAAAUGUGGAGAAAGUCUCAAAGCAAUUUCACAAAAGAUGAACAACGGGGCACGAUGCUAAAUGUCCCACCUGACAACAGAGUGGGAAAGUGGAGCACAUUGGUAAUAGCGCGAAAGUGUCAAUUUUCGCAUAGCACGCGAAUUCUUAAUUUUUCCUCCCGUCUUGAUAGGAUAUCAUCACAAUGCUGACAUAUACAUGCACAAGAAAUCUGGUGAUUACUCAGCACGGAAUGUUCGUGCUAAUAUUGUAAGGCGAAUGAAGUACUUAUCUCACUAACUACGAUUGUGACCAAAGAAAUUUGACUAAUAAGGUUUAGAGAGAGAGAACAAAGAGCCACGAGGAAAGACAGGGAGGUUUGCCAGACAAGUGUCUAAUUUGCCAGCCUACACAAAGCAAAGAGUUACAAGAGAGAAGAGAAAAAGUGAUAAAGAGAGCACUAGAAAGGUGCACACGCGUUGGUGCACAUCAUAUCUGCCAAUGGUUAUUGAGCGCCAGAUACGGUCACAGCUACGGUGGCGCUAACGUAAAUAUUAUGUGUUUUACAGGUGAGCACUAAACGUAUAUAAAGAUGCGGCCUUUGCUGGUUCUCUUCUGGGCAUCCGUUGUCGUCUCCAAAAAGGUUCUGCCCCAUAUCAUCUUCGUCCUCGUUGAUGAUCUGGGUUGGGACGAUGUCAGCUUCCACGGGUCGUCACAGAUCCCCACUCCAAACAUAGACACACUGGCGGCCGAUGGCAUCAUCCUCAACAACUAUUACGUGCAGCCAAUGUGCACUCCGUCCAGGUCGGCGCUGAUGACCGGCAUGUACCCCAUACAUACGGGCAUGCAGCAUUGGGUGAUCAGGAGUCCUGAACCAUGGGGACUGCCUCUUGAGCUGAAAAUUAUGCCGCAGUAUUUCAAAGAGCUCGGCUACGCAACGCAUCUUGUCGGAAAGUGGCAUCUAGGGUAUUUUCAGAAAGAAUAUACGCCAACAUACCGUGGAUUUGACUCAUUUUACGGAUACUACAAUGGAUUCAUUGACUACUACCAACACAGAAACCAAUAUAAAAGGCAUGUCGGUCUGGACUUCAGGAUGAACAUGGCCCCGACGCAGAAGGGCUCUGGUCGGUACGCCACCGAUCUCUUCGCUGACCAUGCCAUAUCACUCAUUGAAAGCCACAACAAAUCCCAGCCUCUGUUUUUGUACCUCAGCCACCUGGCACCUCACGCAGCCACGGAGAAAGAACCCCUGCAGGCACCAGAUGAGAACGUUCGCAAGUUCGGCUAUAUCGGAGACGGCAACAGGACGAUGUUUGCAGCCAUGGUUGACAACCUUGAUGAGUCCAUAGGAAGGCUCACGGAAGCUCUACAACGUGCCGAUAUGCUGGAGAACGCAAUUAUAGUGUUCAGCAGCGACAAUGGGGCGCUGCCGUACGGCACCCACUCCAACAGCGGCUUCAACUGGCCCCUGCGUGGCACCAAGAUGUCACUCUGGGAGGGAGGGGUCCGCGUGCCGGCGUUCAUCUGGAGCCCCCUCCUGCAGAAGCGGCGUCGCGUUUCCCGGCAGCUCAUGCACAUCACCGACUGGCUGCCCACACUUUACGCCGCUGCAGGGGGCAAUCCUUCGAGCCUGGGCUACGUGGACGGCUACAACAUGUGGGAGGCCCUGUCCCGUGGUUGGCGGUCGCCACGCAAAGAAGUGUUGCUCAACAUCGACCCAGUGACGGGCUCCGGUGCCCUGCGCUAUGGCAAGCACAAGAUCGUGUACGACAUUCCCAUCAGGGGUUCGUCGGACGUGCAACUCAAGACGGCCGGUCAGCCUAGGCCAACGUUGCAGGCAGAUGAAGAGCUUGACUGGCUCAUGGAAAACUCGCUGGCGGCCAAAGCGCUGCGCAUGUUCUACAACACCAACCGGCUGCCCCCGAGACCCAACUGGAGGAGGGACGCCACGGUUCAGUGCGGCGUGCUCGCCUAUCACAGCAAUUUCGUCUCGCAGCAACCGCCCUACCUGUUCGACCUCGAGAUCGAUCCGUGCGAGAUGUUCAAUCUCGCCGACGUAAGAAGAAGGACCAUGGGCACCAUGAUUCGCAUGCUGCAAAGCUUCGAGCGAAACAUGAUUCCGCACCGGAACCAACCCGAAGAUCCGCGAUCUUACCCCGAAAAGCACGGCGGCAUAUGGACAACCUGGAGGAGAUCUUCAGAGUAGAGACAGCACUGCCUGACUGCUUUUCUGGCGCCAUGUACAAAAAUGUUGUUAUUGCUUUUUGUUGUUCCUUCUCUUACAUUUCCAAUAUCUUUUUUUUUUUUCUUGCUUUUCUCUGCCUCACGUGGAGCCACCGGUUGUGCUUUCCGCGAAGGAAUUCGAGGUGAACAGCAGGCUGCUCGCCAGCGACCAAUAUCGCUCGUUCUUUCUUUGUCGUAUUUCUUUUUUUUUCUUUUUGAAAGAACAGUGUGAAAGAGUUUCAGAACGUACUCUACAGGCCAGUGUCAUCCUACACAGGUUGACCAGGAGCCGCUUAGCCAACGGAAAAAAGCCACUCACCACUGUGAACUUUCACUUUUUUUUGGGCCCCUGGCCUCGCUAAGCUGUAUGUUUACAGCUUUCUUGCCAGGGUGGCCUUCAACACUGUGCUUUUUGCAUGUUGUAAAUAAAACUUGACUUGAUGAUUUGCUCAAGACAGCGCUCUGCAAUUGCUCUGUAACCAAAACUUUGCUUAAUUGAAGAUGCUCAACAUAUGGAUGCGGGGCUCAUAAGUUAGGCUUGAAAAUCUUUGAAAUUUUAUAAAGCGUAGGAGGUGAUUAGCAAUGGCAGAAAAUUAGUCAUUUAUGGCACGCCAUGCGGUGGUAAUCUAUUUGUUUAUUGCGAGACUGCUCCCUACUUUAGCAACAAAAGAUAUACAUUAAAAUGACUGCGCCCUUGCAAACCACCUGAAAAGACAACGACUCUACAAAAAAAGUAACCCUCGCUGUAAUGGAAAUCCUCCAAAUCACCGUAUCUGGAAGCCAAAAUGCACAAGCGACUCGAAGCAACACCCUCUCCCCUCAUCUUAUUUGUUGUCUCUUCGUGUGUGCGCGCGCACGUGUGUGACUGUGUGUGUCAGAAGGAAACGGCGCAAAAUCGGCACCAGUAUACUAUAAGCAAUGCGAGAAGGACGCAAAAAAAAGAAGUUAAUGACCGUUUACACUAUUAAGCAGAGCUGGCCCCAGCGGAACAUACAUUCUUAAAAGUACAGCAAAAUAUAAACCAACGGACAUUCAGUGAUGUUCUCAUGUACAUAUAUUUCAAAGUGAAAGGACAUCGAAAGUCUAUUAUGUCUCUCAAGAAUCACAUGGAUCUCAUCAGUUUGCUCAAAUAGGUGCUACUAUAUUCUCUUAAAUGGGCCCCGAAGGUAUUCAAAUAUAUAAAGAAAUAAAAUAAAGGUUACGUCCCA